AAUCGAUCGUGUGCGGCCAUGGAGGGAGGCGGGACGCUUGUGGAUUUGUGCCUGGAAGCGGCAUCGCGGAGCGCUGACAGUGUGAGAUCUUGGCGUAGGCAGAGACGAACUCUGGAAAUUUUACCGGCUCAUCUCGCGGAAUCGUUGCUUCACCAGCUACUUGUCAAGAAUCUCUUCUCGCCUCCACUUCUAGAGCUCUUCCAGUUAAGUGUCGAGGAACUGGAUCUAAAUGGAGAACUCAGUGUCGAUGCCGAAUGGAUGGCCUACAUCGGUGGAUUUCGGCAUUUGCGAGUUCUCAAAGUCGAAAGUUGCAAAGCCUUGAACAAUUCAGCGAUAUGGCACCUCUCAGGAAUGGAAUCGAUCGAAGAGCUACGAGUUGAUCGUUGCUCCAAGAUCACAAACCAAGGAUUGGAACACAUAUUAACCCUCGGCAAGCUCAAGCACUUGGGACUCUCAGAAACGGGGAUUGGAGAGCAAGGGAUUGGAAAGUUGGCUGUUCUGAGGAACCUAUCUCAUUUGGAUCUUGGCGGCUUACCUGUGACAGACUCUCAUGUUUCUUCGCUUCUGGUACUUCAACUCUUGAUCGACCUCCAACUCUGGGGUAGCAGCAUAACAAACGAAGGAGCAAAUAUGCUGAGGGGCUUUCCCAGGCUGGAAAUACUGAACCUGGCAUGGACAAAGGUUUCGGUGGUUCCCUCCAUGCCGAGAGUGUCACAGCUGAAUCUCUCUCACUGCGUGGUUCUAUCGGUUUCCGAAGAAGGGUCAGCUCUCGAUCAACUUCGUCUGUCCGGAGCAACUAUACAGGAUCCACUCAGAGUCCUCCACAGUCACUCACUCCCCGAGCUCUCUGUGCUCGAGUUAUCUGCGACCAACCUGGCAGCUUUGACCUUCCUUGGCAGCUUGAAGCGAGUAGUCAAGCUCGAUCUGAGCUCAAUGCCAAGCGUUUCGAGUGACACCAUGAAUCUGCUGGCCAAGUGUGCGAGGAAUCUAAAGCACCUUGAUCUCAGUGACACACGAGUUGGCUCAGAAGGCGUAGCAGUUUUGACUGGUCACGUUCCAGCUCUGGAGCAUCUUUCACUCAGGGGCACCUCGAUUACGGAUAGUGUGUUUGGAUACUUGGGGCUGAUGCCGUUGUUGAUUGACAUUGACCUCAGUAACACGAGCUUGACAGGCGCUCCUGUAGACUCUUCGUUUUGGUCUGUGCUUCAUCUCCAGCAGCUCCACAACCUGAGACGAUUGGACUUGCGUCGCACGCGAUUUUCUGAUAAGAGCUGCAAGCGACUCGCUUGUUUGGUGCGGUUAACACACCUGCUCUUGUGCGCCGAGUUUUUAACCGAUGCAUCGCUUCACGAGCUUUCUGCUCUCCCGAACCUGCGAAGCCUUGCGUUUCAAGGGACAGUGUUGACAGACGCAGGCCUGCGCUCGUUGAAGCCCCCGCCUCCGCUGGAAGAGCUUGAUCUGACGGACUGCUGGCUACUCACGGAAGGCUGUCUUCUUCAGUUCUGUGAUUACUAUCGCAGCGUAACUGUGAAGCACGAUCGUAUAGCUGGAAACCUUAACUCUCAACGAUCAUCGGUCAGACGGAUGCGAGUCAAGAACCCGCAUGUUCCAGUGAAGACGCAGAGUAAAAUUGGAAGAGAUGAACGGAUUCGAUAUACAUUCUCUGAGCUGCACGAGUUAAGGGCCUUAACGUCAGAAGUGGCCGCCUUGGAAAUGAGUACUUUACCUCGAGAACUUUCACGAACUUUACAAGAUGAGGAUCACAUCGAGCCAUCGUCGAGCUGAGCCUCACGCUGAGUAUUUAUGAGAGAUGCUGUACACGUCCGUAAAGCUCUAGCGUGUCCGAGUGGGUCGGAUCAAUGGACAAAGCAGCGCGGCAGUCA